AUGUUUUCCCGCCUCAUUCCUUCACUUCUUGCCGCGGCAGCAGUAUUUGUACAAGUACCACUUGCACAAGCCGCUCCCAAAAAUGGAAACUCCUUAGCAGAACUAGAGAGCUUUGCACCACAAGCUGUGGCUGCUGGCGGCUUGAAGAACGCGGCGUAUUUCGUUAACUGGGCGAUUUAUGGGAGGAACUACCAACCCCAACAACUCCCGGCGUCCCAACUGACACAUGUUCUGUACUCAUUCGCCAAUGUCCGGGCUGACGGUACCGUAUACCUUUCAGAUGAGUAUGCGGACUUGCAAAAACAUUACCCGACAGACUCCUGGAACGAUGUUGGGAACAACGUUUACGGCUGCAUCAAACAACUCUACCUUCUCAAGAAGAAGAAUCGUCAAAUGAAGGUUCUGCUGAGCAUUGGGGGCUGGACAUACUCCAGCAACUUUGCAGCUGCAGCUAGUACCGCCGCAACACGAGCUCAAUUUGCUUCAACUGCUGUAGGGUUUGUGAAAGAUCUGGGGUUGGAUGGCGUUGAUAUCGAUUGGGAGUAUCCGGUCAACGACACCGAGGCAGCGAAUUUCGUCCUGCUUCUGGCGGCGGUCCGGUCGGCUCUCAACUCCUAUGCCCAACAGUAUGCCUCGUCAAGCAAGUUCCUCAUCACCAUCGCAUGUCCCGCCGGUCCUAGCAACUAUGAAAUCCUGCACAUGAAGGACAUGGAUCAAUACCUUGAUGCUUGGCAUUUGAUGGCGUACGAUUAUAGUGGAUCUUGGGACACUGUUGCUGGGCAUGAUGCCAACCUAUAUGCAAGCACUUCGAACCCAAAAAGUACCCCAUAUUCCACCCAAAGGGCGAUCACCGAUUAUAUUGCUGCUGGGGUUCCUGCCAACAAGAUAGUCAUGGGCAUCCCAAUUUAUGGUCGGUCAUUCCAAGCAACCAGCGGGCUUGGCCAAACGUUCACUGGCGUCGGGUCAGGAAGUUGGGAGAAUGGGGUCUGGGAUUAUAAGAAUCUACCCAAAGCGGGGGCUGUGGAGUAUACCGAUUCGAUCACCGGCGCGUCGUACAGCUACGACAGCAGCUCGAGGGAGCUCAUCAGCUAUGACAACGUCGCGGUAGCUCAGCUCAAGGCCGCCUAUAUCCAAAACAAAGGAUUGGGAGGUGCGAUGUUCUGGGAGACCAGUGCGGAUAGGGACGGGUCGCAGAGUCUGAUCGGGACGAUUGCUGGGAAAUUUGGUAAUUUGGAGCAGAGUCAAAACUGCCUGACCUAUUCUGGGAGCAAGUAUGAUAACAUGAAGAACGGCAUGCCAGGUGAAUAG